AUGUCGACCAUCUCUACUCCCAUCACCAAGCUCUUCGGAGUCAGACACCCAGUCCUUUUGGCUGGUAUGAACGUUGCCGCCGGCCCAAAGCUCGCUGCCGCCGUCUCUAAUGCCGGUGGUCUCGGUGUCAUUGGUGGUGUCGGUUAUUCGCCUGACAUGCUCCGCGAGCAAAUCCACGAGCUCAAGAGCUUCUUGAACAAGCCAGACCUUCCAUUCGGUGUCGACUUGCUAUUGCCCCAAGUUGGUGGCAGUGCUCGAAAGACCAACUACGACUACACCAAGGGAAAGCUUGAGGACUUGAUCAAUGUCGUUAUCGAGGAGAAGGCUAGCUUGUUCGUCUCCGCUGUCGGUAUCCCACCCAGGUUUGUCGUUGACAAGCUUCACAAGGCUGGAAUCCCAUACAUGAACAUGAUCGGACACCCAAAGCAUGUCCAAAAGUGCCUUGAUGCUGGUGUCGAUAUCAUCUGCGCUCAGGGCGGUGAGGGAGGUGGCCACACUGGAGAUGUCCCCACUUCCAUCCUCAUCCCCACCGUAGUUGACCUCUGCAAGGGCAAGAAGUCCCCACUCACUGGCCAAGACGUCCUCGUCGUCGCUGCCGGUGGUAUCUUCAACGGAAAGGGUCUCGCUGCCGUUCUCGCCAUGGGUGCCGCCGCCGCCUGGGUCGGAACCCGCUUCAUUCUCGCUGAGGAAGCCGGUGCACCAAAGGCUCACCAAGAAGCCGUCAUCACAUCCGGAUAUGAAGACAACGUCCGAACAAUCAUCUUCACUGGUCGCCCAAUGCGUGUCAAGAUGAACCCCUACAUCAAGAACUGGGAGGAGAACCGAAAGGACGAGAUUACCAAGCUUACCAGCAAGGGUGUCAUCCCAGUCGAGCACGAUAUCGAGCAGCUCGACAAGGAAGACAAGUUGGACGAUGACACCAUGGAUGCCGCUAGACCAUGGUUGAUGGGCAAGGUCGCCGCUGUCUGCAAUGAGAUCAAGCCUGCGAAGGUUAUCAUUGAUGAGAUGGUUGGAGAGGCCAUCCAACAGAUCCAGAAGUCGUCGUCGAUGGUUGCCAAGUUGUAG